GCCGAUAGUAAAGCUCAGCCUCCAGGCUCUCACAAGGCAGCGCUCAUGAAAGGCUCAGUCCUGAGUCUCCUGAGACAUUGCCCAAGGAGCCAGUGCCGAGGCACUGAGGAGGGGCACUGGGGGGAUGUCUCCUAGGCUUCAGUGGAGGAGUCAGGAGCUGAGAACAUCCACACCAUGGUAAUAACAGAAAGACUAACCUGCUCUGCCGCAAGCAGGUAGGUUGCCCCCUCAACACCUAGCCUCUAGACUUCACCCAACUCGCAGAGAAGACAUGGCCUCAGCCGCAGCCGGCACCCAGCUCGGACACCCUGGCUUGUUCCAGAAGUGGAUAGCGCCCCAUUGCCCUAACGCGUGGCUUAAUGAGGACCAGGUCAAGACCUUUAAGGGAGAACCUGUUGCAGCCAUGAGAAGCACAAAGCCUCCAGGAAGGACUUCUCCUGUGUCCCCCCGGUUGUCCCCGAUCAUCUCCCCCCAGGAACUCCCCCCGGCUCCUCCGCAGGAUGCUGCCUCAGCAGUUAACAUCCCCAAGCAGAGGCGCUUCACUGUGGCUCAUACAUGCUUUGACGUGGACAAUGGCACCUCAUCGGGACGGAGUCCCCUGGAUCCCAUGACAAGCCCAGGAUCAGGGCUGAUUUUACAGGCCAACUUUGUCCACAGCCAACGAAGGGAAUCAUUUUUGUACAGGUCAGACAGCGACUAUGACCUCUCUCCAAAGUCCAUGUCUAGAAACUCCUCCAUCGCUAGCGACAUACAUGGAGAUGACUUGAUUGUAACACCAUUUGCUCAGGUACUGGCCAGUCUCCGUACUGUAAGGAAUAAUUUUGCUGCACUAACCAACCUGCAAGAUCGAGCACCCAGCAAACGAUCAACAAUGUGUAACCAACCAUCCAUCAACAAAGCAAGUAUACCAGAGGAGGCCUAUCAAAAACUGGCCAGUGAGACCCUGGAGGAGCUGGACUGGUGCUUGGACCAGCUGGAAACCUUACAAACCAGGCACUCUGUCAGUGAGAUGGCCUCAAACAAGUUCAAGAGAAUGCUCAAUCGGGAGCUCACCCAUCUAUCAGAGAUGAGCCGGUCAGGCAACCAGGUUUCAGAAUAUAUUUCAAACACCUUCUUAGAUAAACAGCAUGAAGUGGAGAUGCCAACGCAGGCCCAGAAAGAAAAGGAAAAGGAAAAGAAAAAGAGGCCCAUGUCACAGAUUAGCGGGGUGAAGAAAUUAAUGCACAGCUCUAGCCUGACUAAUUCAAGUAUUCCAAGGUUUGGAGUAAAAAGCGAAAAUGAAGACUCUCUAGCCAAGGAACUUGAUGAUGUGAACAAAUGGGGCCUUAACAUUUUUAAAGUAGCUGAAUAUUCUGGAAACCGACCUCUUACAGUCGUCAUACAUACAAUAUUUCAGGAACGAGAUCUGUUGAAGACCUUUAAAAUACCAGUAGACACUUUAGUUACGUACCUAAUGACUCUAGAAGAUCACUAUCAUGCGGAUGUGGCUUACCAUAAUAAUAUACAUGCAGCGGAUGUUGCUCAAUCUACUCAUGUGCUGCUAUCAACCCCUGCUUUGGAGGCUGUUUUUACAGAUCUGGAAAUUCUUGCUGCAAUCUUUGCAAGUGCAAUACAUGAUGUUGAUCACCCUGGUGUUUCCAACCAGUUUCUAAUCAACACAAACUCAGAAUUAGCCUUGAUGUACAAUGACUCAUCGGUUCUGGAGAACCACCAUUUAGCUGUGGGAUUCAAGCUGCUACAAGAAGAGAACUGUGACAUUUUCCAGAACUUGACCAAAAAGCAGAGACAAUCAUUACGGAAAAUGGUCAUUGACAUAGUGCUUGCAACAGACAUGUCCAAGCAUAUGAACUUACUGGCCGAUUUAAAAACCAUGGUUGAAACCAAGAAGGUGACAAGUUCGGGAGUCCUUCUCCUUGACAACUAUUCGGAUAGGAUACAGGUUCUGCAGAAUAUGGUUCAUUGUGCAGAUCUCAGUAAUCCAACCAAACCACUGCAGCUAUACCGACACUGGACAGACCGAAUCAUGGAGGAAUUCUUCAGGCAAGGAGACCGGGAAAGAGAACGAGGGAUGGAAAUAAGCCCCAUGUGUGAUAAGCACAAUGCAUCUGUGGAGAAAUCACAGGUUGGGUUCAUAGACUACAUUGUUCAUCCAUUAUGGGAGACAUGGGCAGACCUUGUUCACCCAGAUGCCCAAGAUAUUCUAGACACACUGGAGGACAACCGAGAAUGGUAUCAAAGCACAAUUCCCCAGAGUCCAUCCCCUGCACCCGAUGAGCAGGAAGAAGGGAGGCAAGGCCAAACAGAUAAAUUCCAGUUUGAACUUACACUGGAAGAAGAUGGGGAGUCAGACACCGAAAAGGACAGUGGGAGUCAAGUGGAAGAGGACACCAGUUGUAGUGACUCAAAGACCCUUUGUACCCAGGACUCGGAAUCAACUGAAAUCCCACUUGAUGAACAAGUGGAAGAAGAAGAAAGUCAGACAGAACCUAGCGCACUAGAAGGACAGCACUCUCCAGACACGUAACAGUGUGGAAAGCUUUCUCUCUUGAUUUUUUUUGUUAGGUUUUUCUUUUCUUUUUGAAGAAAAAGAAAUGGUUUCCAAAGUGCAUGAAACGGGCCGCAACCAUGCUCACACCUCACUGUCAUCUGCCAGGAUAUUUGUUGAUCAAAAUUGACCUAGUUUACUCAGUUUGGCACUCAGGAAUUUUAACUGAAAUUCAUUUCACAGCAGUGAGAAGCUAACAGGAAACUUUGGCAGACGAGCAUUUCAAAUUCCUUUUUUAAAUUUUUUUUUUUUUCGUUUUGUGGAGUGACAAGACCAAGGAAGACCAUGCGGCUUAGCUUGCAAGAGACAAACGGAACCAACAGAAUUUUUUUUUAAAAGGAGUAAAUACGGUGUUCUCCUUUUGUAAAAAAUAAAUAAAAUUCUCAUUUCGGGACACAUUGUGGAUGGCAUGGCAUCAUAGCAAGAUGAUGAGCUUCGGAGAUGACAUGAUUUUCUAAUUUUAAGUCUUCCUGAUAAAAUGACUGAAAAUAUAAAAAAAAAAAAAAUUGCCGCUCUUUGGGCUGCAACAUACUCUGCAUUUUGUACCAUAUGUAACACAAAGAAUUUUUUUGUAGAGCUUACUUUUAUUAUUAAACAUAUUGAGGUAUUCUAUUAAAAAAAAUAAACGUUAAAAAAAACAAAAAAACAACAAAACACAACGAAAAAAGGUACAUUCAUCCGCCACUAAUUUUUAUUUAUUUUUUUCCAAAGAGUAACUUGCAAGUUUUGAGUACAAGUAACGUGCUACACUGGAUGACUUCUCCAGGUUAUGGAUUUUUUUGCACCUUAGAAUUUCAUAGCAAUUGAUUGGACUGUAGAGAUCCAUUCUUUUAUAUGCUUGUAUCUUUCUUAAAGACACUGUCUUGCAGGAAACCCUUUCAGUACAACGUAGAUUUUAAUCCUCUUUUAAUGUUCCGAUUAGCACAGAAAGAAUGCAUUGGCCACUUUUCCAAUAUAUUGUGGAAGGUCACCCUUUCAUCAUGUACAGGUUUACCCAGUCUCAGUGUUUCACACCUUGCUACACCCCAAAAUAGGGAUACCGUCAUCUAGUGGAUUGUGUGACCGACUGGCCCAUGCUGUCAGCCGCUUGUGUCCGUGAAUCUAAUGUUAAUGCAAAGAUGUUUCAUGCUGAAUGCCUUUCCCUUUUUUUCAUCCUGAUCUAAUUGGCUUAUGUGCAAUAUAUAAUAGCAAAUGUUCUGCGUUCCUUAGAAGUAUAGAGCAUCCCAAACACACACGUAUAUGUAUAUAUGUGUAUGCAUGUGUGUAUACAUACAUACUUAACCGUACGGUCACCAACAGGCAGCAUCAGACUCACCAUCCUGUUCCAAAAAAUGCACAAUAUUAAGCACCCACCAUGUAUAUCUUAAAAAAAAAAAUAUAACUCUCUAUUCUCUCUCUACCUGUUUAAUGUAGCAGUGCUAAAUAAGCAGCACUACUAGCGAAGCUUAUUGUACUGCUAGCAAACGUCUGUCUAAGCUCAUCCGUACGCCGUAACAAAGUGCAUCUACCUGCAUGCAGAGUAAUGUUGUUUGUGUAUAAUCUUGGCCAAAAAAUAUUUUGACAAAAACUGAAAAAAAAAAAAAAAAAAGUUCUUUACAAAGGACUUCAGCCUUUGGUGUAGCCUUAAGUGUCUCUUACUUGUGUUUCACGCCUUUAGAAUGGCUCAUUUGGCAAGCGAAUUUGUAGACAAGUCUCCUUUUGCAGUUUUACCUCCAGCAUCUAUCUGCAUAAAUGCUUUGACUAGAAGAACCCACUGUGCUGUCCCAUACGUAGGGAUAUUUCCAUUCCACACAUUACUCAUCCCUGUCGCUCACCUCCUGCCCAUGGAGUGCCUGGAAUGUAACAAUGUAAAAGAAAAACUAAGAAAAAAAAAACUAAGAAAAAAAAGCAAUAUUAUUUCCAAAAAUAAAGGUCGACCUGAAAGGGUUUCACAACUGCACUAAUGGAAAUUGUUUCAUACAACAAUGUGUCACCUCCAUUAAGCAUGCAAAAAAAAAAAAAAAUGUGUAUAUAUAUAUAUAUAUAUAUAUAUAUAUAAAAUAAAAUAAAAUUCUAAAAAGAAAUCACGCUCACCAUCCAUAGACAAUCAGCGAGUAUGACAAGUGUUUUGGUCGGUAAAUCGAAUGCACUGUAAAAUCCUUUUCUUUCCUUUUUUUUUCCUUCUAUUUUCCUGUUUGCCAAAGUUUGCAAUUAUUUUAUUCUAAUUAAUAGUUAAAAAGUGACUUUUUAUUUAUAUAUUUUUUUUUCCCCGAACAUUAAAUUUUUAUUUUUUUUGGCCAUAAAUCAACUGCAAACACUUUUGUUGCUGUAUGGCAGCGAUUUAUAUUCUUUUUAUUUUUUUUAUUUUUUUUAAUUUUUCCUGUUUUAACGAGCGCUUAUUUUGAAGGUACAGCCUAUUGAUUUCAAAGGGAAAAAAAAACUUGAACGAAAUGGAUUUACAGAGCCGUGUCAAAGUGCAAAGUGUUUUAUUUUUAUUAUUCUUAUCAACAUAUUUAUUACUUUUGUGCCAUUCAUGAUUUUCCUCACCGGAUGACCUUACCUGUAAUACAGUCUUGUUUGUCUCUGUUUACAACCAUGUAUUUAUUCUAAUGUACAUAAUGUUAAUUGUAAAAUACCAGUUAUUAUUAUUAUUAUUAUUAUUAUUGUUAUGACAUCAUCUGGAAACAGGCGGUGUUCUUAUAUCUUGAAACUCUUGGUGAGAGAAUGAAUAUUCUGUAUAUUUUUCUUCUGUAUUAUAAUGUCACCUUAAAGCUUCUUUAUGGAAAAUCUUAAAAAAGAAAAAAAUCUUUAAAAAAAAAAAUGCUAUGGUAAAUAUAAAAGUUGCAGGUCUUUGGUCCCAGGGCUGUGCCUUAACUCUGAACUAUAUUUUAAUGUGUUUUGCUGCAUUUGGAAAUGAGAGUUGAAGGAAAAAGGCUGGGCAUUUUCCUUGAGAUUUUUUUUUUGUUCGUUUCAACCAUGCACUUUUUUAAUUUAUUUCAUACCAAACUAGAGACUAGAAGUAAGGUCAAUACAGUUUUAUGUUUCUUCUUCUCAGAUCAUGACAUCAUACAAAAGCAUAACUACAGGGGGCACAGUCCUCUGUGGUCACACCCAGGCCCUGGCACCUGAAAGGGGACCCAAAAAGGUUCCUCUGUUUAAUAGGUAGGAGACCAGUACUAUAAUAACAGUUGGGGGUCCAAUUUUUGCAUUGGUUCCAGGAGCUUCAAUUUACAUCUUAUACCAGGGCCUUGCACAGGUCACAGUUCAAACACUUCAAAAGUGGGCCAUAAAAUCAUAACUGUACUUAAUGUAAAUGAUUUCUUAUGUGAGAUCAUUUUUAAUACAAUUUUUUUCCAAUAAAAAAUAAAUAAAUAGUGUAAAGACAAGGGGAAAAUUAGUUUUAUUUUAU